AUGGACAAAACACCAGCUCCCAUGUUUCGAAAGCGAGACCCUGCGCCACCGUCCUCAGCGAUACCUUCGUCUUCUCCCGCCUUUGGCACUCCUGUUCACCCUCUUAAGCCAUUCGCUGUCAACGCCCCCAAAGCUGCGAUACUACCAAUAAUCCUUCCUCCAGCGACACUAAGACCUCUUGCGUUCCGCACAUUCACAAAAAAGCAUUCUCUCACACUCACAUCUUCCGCUCUUCAAGAACUUGCUGCCUUCAUUGGCAGACAUUGUGGUUCGGGAUGGCGCGAAGAGGGUUUGGCCGAAAGGGUACUCGAGGAUGUUGCACGAAGCUGGAAGAACCGAAACGGAGGGGUUAUGGUGGAAGGAUCGAGUAAAGAGAUGCAGGAAAUCCUCAAGACCUUGGAGGGCAAUAUGAGCGGCGGCAGAAUUACAGGACCAGUGAGGGGACUACCACGAGGAGACAGUAUGCUCGAUUUCAAAGAUAACGACGCCUUGAACACACGCUUAGGACUGCGGCCGGCGGAAGUGAGGAGAGAAGAUAGCAACUCAAGUUUUGGAAUGUCAGGCUUGGGUGUCGAUGAGGAGCAGGAAGAGACGGAUACAAACGAUCCUAGAGCCUGGCUCAAAAUUAUAAACGCCUAUGAGCAGCCUAGAUUCUUCUAUAAUGUUGCCAAGAAGCACUUUGAAAAGGAUCCUUCAGCCCCUUCGUUACUUCCACCAGCAUCACAUAAAACGACAUUGUUCCGCAACCGCUACAAUGUUAUCCACCAACGACUAUUGCGCAACGAAUCCUUCCAAUCGUCAGCUGUCUCCUCCUCCCGAAAACGCACGCUCGAACGUUCUUUGUCAAACCAGAAGUCACUCAAGCUUACGCCGAUUGCAAAUCUGCUAGGUCGUCACGGCAGCAGUCACAUGCUGCUGGGACUUCUCGGCGUCCUUCCCACUGGUGAUCUCGCCAUUAGCGAUUUGACUGGCACCAUCGCCCUGGAUCUCUCUCAAGCUGUUGCUAUACCCGAGGACUCAGCAUGGUUUUGUCCCGGAAUGAUUGUGCUAGUAGAUGGUGUCUACGAAGAGGAAGAUGAAUCCGUAGGAAAGGGCCUCAAUGGUAGCAGUGGCGUCGGAGGUAUUUUAGGUGGACGCUUCCAGGGUUUCUUUAUCGGUCAACCCCCAUGCGAACGACGCAAGGCUACUCUUGGUAUCAGCGGACCCGAUGGCGGCCAGGAGCAGACCAUUGGGGGAGGUUUCGGUUGGGUCGAUUUCCUAGGCGUUGGCAGCGAACGCGCCUUAGGUAUUAAAAUGCGCAGGCUAGAAAAUCGCCUCCUUCGAUCCAGAGCCGAAGACGAUGCGCCAUCUCGUGGGCGCGCGGUUAUUAUAGGCGAGCUGAACCUCGAUCAGCCCCGAACUCUUCAGGCUUUGCGAAAGAUUCUCUCGACAUAUGUCGCCGAACCUACAGGAUCAGCACCCUUGACAUUUGUGCUGAUGGGAAAUUUUACUCAGUAUGCCGUAAUGGCACGGGGAGGCAGUGGUGGAAGUAUUGAAUACAAGGAAUACUUUGAUUCUCUGGCUUCAACUCUGAGCGACUUCCCAACAUUACUUCAGUCGUCUACCUUUGUCUUCGUCCCAGGCGACAACGACGGCUGGGUUUCCUCCUUCACAGCAGGUGCUUCUGUGCCCUUGCCACGGAAACAAGUACCAGAUAUGUUCACAUCUAGAAUCCGGCGUGCUUUUGCUACAGCCAAUGCUGAGGCAGGAGGAAAGACGGAUGGUGCAGCUAUUUGGACCUCCAACCCAAGCCGAAUUAGUCUCUUCGGCCCCAAUCACGAACUUCUUCUCUUCAGAGAUGAUGUAUCUGCUCGUUUGCGUCGAACCUCGGUCCGUCUCAAGCCUAAGGCCAAUGAUGGCAAUAUGGACGAAACGCAGAGUUCGAAUCCUAAUCCUCCUGACGAUGUCCUACCAAUGGACAUUGACGCUGCUCACCACGAUGAUCCCACCGCGACGGAUGCCGGCUCUCCCGUUACUCCCCUUGUUCCCCACGAUAUUCAUGCUGCCCAAAAGUUGGUCAAAACUAUCCUUGACCAAGGUUACCUAGCGCCUUUCCGACAUGCCAUCCGCCCCGUUCACUGGGACUUUGCCUCAUCUCUGCACAUAUAUCCGCUGCCCACAGCCAUGGUGUUGCUUGAUACAACCGCCCCUCCAUUCUGUAUCACCUACGAAGGGUGCCAUGUCAUGAACCCUGGCAGUGUCCUUGUACCGGGGCGUAAAGGUGUCGCUCGAUGGGCAGAAUAUGAACUUGGCCGUCAAGGAAAAUUAAGAGAAUGUACUAUUUAA